AUGAACUCCCGGGAUUGCGGCCGGGUUCCCAAGGAGGUUCUGCAACCCCGAGUUUCCUCAACAGCAGGAGCCAUGCAGCCCCCAAUAAUAACUCUCGACAAUUUUGAGGGACUUUUCAUAAGUCUUGCGACGAGUUACCCGAAGAACCGAGGCAAAGAAGAUGCGGGGAUUCAAGGCACGCGUUUUGCUUGUGCCGCGUAUACGUCCGUCUCGGCGCUUAUGUGUGACACUGACGACGCGAGCCUGCCAGCGCCACGCGGGACUCUGCUGCAGGAAACGACCCGGGCUGUCGUUUUUAACGUCGCCAGCCUGCAGCAGAAGCAGCAGGCGCAUCACAUAGUGAUAACCUUCGCCUUGAUCGUUAUUCGACUGCGAAGCGUUUAUCUUUGUGGGAAGGAGCCUUUCGUAUUGGAUCAUGACUGCGUGCCAGCAGAGGAAAAAGAAGGGAUCGAGGAACAUACGCAAGCCAAAAAGAUCCUUGCUGAAAAAAAGGGAAUGAAAAAUCAGAAGAAGAGAGCGAAAAGUAGAGAGGAAGUGGAAGAAUCGAAAGAAAGAGAGGACGGAAUCGUUGAAACGUCCUGCUGCUGCUGUGACUUGAGUCGGCUCAGAAUCAGCAGCGGAUCAACAACGAUGUUGUCCUUCACGGGUUCCUGCUGCUGCUGCUGGGCCCCACCAGUAGCAGCAGGCGAGUCGUCGCAUUCCAGCAGCAGGGCCGCAUUGCCGACACUGAACAGGGACCCGAUCGAUAAGGUUGACGACCCGCCGACGUGUCAGCGUCCGGUUGGUGCUGAAGAAGCUGCUGCUUCCUCGUCGCAAUUUGCUCCCGCAGCUUCCGGGUGGGCGCGGGGAUCCAUUCCGCUGUCGGCAUCAGCACUCUCAUCAGCGGCUGUUUUCAAUGGCGAGGAAACAUUUUUAAUUGGCUGCGGGUUUGCGGGAUUCCAGAGCGAAGAUAUGAGGAAGGAGAUUAAAGAAUCAAACAGUGCUGCUAGGGAAAACAGAGAAGCGUUGCCGGAAAUUUUAAUUGAUGAAAUUCUGGGCCUUGAAAGACUCCAAAGAGCCAAAGACAAAGAAAUAAAAGUUUUAGGAAAUAAAGGAAGGCACAAUAGGCCGUUCGCGGCCGAGACUAGGUCUCCUCGAACGGUGUGUAGCAGUGAUUGGAGCGUAAAGGGCAACACCUUACGGUCCCUGACAAAACCCCCCUGGGCUUGCUCGGCUAGAUGGCAUGACGGGCAAGUCCAUGGUCUGGGACCUGUUCAGUCGCCAUGA